GCAGAGGAAGCAGGAAGCGCGGCUGCUCUGAGCCCAGCUGCCAGGGCGCUGGGACGGCAGGAUGGAGUCCGUGGCCCUAUACAGCUUCCAGGCCACAGAGAGCGAUGAGCUGGCCUUCAACAAGGGGGACACACUCAAGAUCCUGAACAUGGAAGACGACCAGAACUGGUACAAGGCUGAGCUCCGGGGCGCAGAGGGCUUCAUCCCCAAGAACUACAUCCGUGUCAAGCCCCACCCGUGGUACUCGGGCAGGAUUUCCCGGCAGCUGGCUGAAGAGAUUCUGAUGAAGCGGAACCACCUGGGAGCCUUCCUGAUCCGGGAGAGCGAGAGUUCCCCAGGGGAGUUCUCCGUGUCCGUGAACUACGGGGACCAGGUGCAGCACUUCAAGGUGCUGCGCGAGGCCUCGGGGAAGUACUUCCUGUGGGAGGAGAAGUUCAACUCCCUGAACGAGCUGGUGGACUUCUACCGCACCACCACCAUCGCCAAGAAGCGGCAGGUCUUCCUGCGGGACGAGGAGCCCCUGCUCAAGCCGCCCCGGGCCUGCUUUGCCCAGGCCCAGUUUGACUUCUCGGCCCAGGACCCUUCGCAGCUCAGCUUCCGCCGCGGCGACAUCAUCGAGGUCCUGGAGGGCCUGGACCCGCACUGGUGGCGGGGCCGGUUCUGCGGGCGCGUGGGCUUCUUCCCGCGGAGCUACGUCCAGCCGGUGCACCUGUGACCAAGCGGGGCCGUGGGGCAGAGCCGGCAGACCCUCCAUCCCCCCGACACUGAGGUCGAGAGAGAGGAUGUGGACACCCCCUCCCCGGGUCCCACAGGGUCAGCCGAGGGCCUUGGACUGGAACGUGGGCCUCCUAACUGCCACCUCCCGCCACUUCACCAAUUGGGACAGACUGCAGCGCCUAGCAUCACCCGGUCACCCACCGGGCACCGGGAGCUCCCAGGACUUCCUGCCGGCCUCUUCCCAUUGGCCACCUGCUGUGUGACGUCCUAGGGCGGGCCCCAGAGCCCCGCCCACUCCCGCCAUGAUGGACCCAUCCUCAGGGAGGGUUGAGGACUCCUAGGUCCACCCAUUGCAGGCCCAACCUAAGGAACCCUGGGCUUGGUGGGUGGGUUCACCUGGGGCAGACUAUCCCCUGGGCCUGCCUGCCCCUCCUGUAAAAGGCCCCUCAGGUAUUGGGGAGGUGGCUUAGUCGUAAGGUCAGGCAAGGGCACUGCCCCCCUGUUGACCUGGACUGGCCAGACAGACUCCAGGUGGAGAUUGCACAGCGACUUGGCCUCCACCUGGGCAUCCAGCACCCCCACCCCAGUGCAGACAUUUGGGCGGGGGCUAGAGGCCCCGAGGACGGGCAGUGGCGAAAGGAAGAGAGGCAGCUGCUGCUCUCCCGGCAGCCGGAGCAAUGCACAGGCUCUGAGGGGCAGUCCCUGGACGCAGCCCCCUGGAGACUCCACUCUUGUUCCACCAGCUCUUGUUCCACCCACACCAGGGCCCAGGGGAGCUUGGGGGAACUCCAGGCCAGCUAGGAAGUUGGGGCCAGAGCUGGACUUUGAGGUCCAGUGGCAUCCAGAAUGGGGCGAGCAGUCUAGCGGGGCCCCAGCUUGAGGAGGGGCAGGGCGUCCCCAUGGGAUGUGCGGCCAGCGGGGGAUACUGAGCAGCACCUGCCCGGAGCCUGGGUACCUUUGGGAGCAGGAGGAGUAAGGGCUUUGAAUGCCAGGCUGAUGGCGGAGGGGGUGGGGGGCAGGGAGGGAGGGGAGGGGCUCCUGUGGCAUCUGGCAGCAGGUGGGACAGGGAUCCCAGCGAGGAGGCGGCUGCAGGGCCCCAUCGUGGGCACAGGAGGCUCUCCCUCUGCCCGGGCUGGCCCGAGACCCUUCGAGCCCUGAGCUCUGGCAGGUUGUCCGCCCCUGACCUGGGCCUGAGUACUCAAAAUAAAAACGGUAAAACGAC